CAUUUAUGCAGCCAAUGAGAUGGGACCUUAUAGACCUUUGAGAGGUUAUUCCCUCUCUCUAUCUCUUUCUUAUCUGUUCUCAUACAACAAGUACACACUAUUUCCAGGUGCUGUGACUACCUGUGACUGAGAUCAUGCACACCAAGGAAAACUCAUGCUGCUGUUCCUUUGAUGACUGUAAACUGACUACAGAAUGGCUGCUGAGCAGGACGAGACACCGGCCAAAGAUAGCUAUCGUGUGUGGCUCUGGACUGGGACUUCUUGCAGACAGUGUCUCAAAUAAACAGAUCAUCCGCUAUGAGGACAUUCCCAAUUUCCCAGUGAGCACAGUUCCUGGUCAUGAAGGGUGCCUAGUAUUUGGUCAAAUCAAAGGCGAGUCUUGUGUCUUCAUGCAAGGAAGGUUCCAUCUCUACGAGGGUUACUCAUUGUGUAAGGUCACGUUCCCCGUGCGGAUUUUCAAGCUGAUGGGUGUGGAGACCAUUAUCGUAACAAACGCCUCUGGAGGUCUUUGUCAGGAUUUCAAAGUGGGAGAUAUUAUGGUUAUUAAGGACCAUAUUAACUUGCCAGGGUUUGCUGGACAGCACCCACUGUGUGGACCCAAUGAUGAACGAUUUGGGAUCCGGUUUCCUUGUAUGUCUGACGCUUACAGCAAAGACCUAAGGAAAUUAGUUUUGGACAUCACUGCUGAGCUGGGCUACUCUAAUUUUGUGCGCGAAGGGGUCUACUGUAUGGUUAGUGGACCCAACUUUGAGACCAUCGCAGAGGCACGCAUGCUGCACAUUUUGGGGAGCGACUCUGUUGGCAUGAGCACGGUUCCUGAGGUGACAGUAGCCAAGCAUUGUGGACUGCGGGUCCUGGGCCUCUCGCUCAUCACCAACAAGGUUUCUCUUGACUACAGCCGCGAGGAGAAAGUGAAUCAUGAGGAGGUGCUGCAGAUCAGCAAGAUGAGAGCUGAGAUGCUUCAGAACAUGCUCAUAACCUUCAUCGCUCGCUCUCAUCAAGUGGAGACCAUCAACAACAACGACUGCAUCUACUCAAAUACUGUCUAGGGUCAAUCAAACCAGUUGAAUCAAGGGUGCUGUGGAUGUUGUGUGAUUUUGGAAGUCAUGUGAUAUAUUCAAUAGAUCUUAAAGGCUCCAUGUUAUGUUUAGCCUUUAUUUAUCUGGUUGGUUAAAAAUUUCCAAUGUGAGACCUCACUGUGCCUUUGGAAAGGAUGUAUUUGAUCUCCAGAUUGAGAUUAUUGUGUUGUAAAUAAACCUCCCUAUAGUUGAAAUGAA